AUGCGUGUUGUGCACAAUGAAUCCCAGUUUCCACAGUCCGUUCUCUUGUAUUACAAGUAUAUAAUUGUGAGAAAAAUCCCUGAAGUGACGGAGGGGCCGCGCGACCAUCUCGGUGACUUCGCAACAGUCUGUGCUUACACGAGGCAGGAGAACAGGCUCCAUGGAACACUGCAGGAACCUGUCUACAGCGAAGGAGACAUGAACUGCUGCGAAGUGACGUACCUGCUCCUCCACGUCAUCCGUGGCAUACUCAUGACAAUUGUCUGCAUGCUGAGAGAAGUUGUACACCUCGUUGUGCCUCGCAGGCAGAAGUCUGUCAAGGGGGAGAUCGUUCUGGUAACAGGAGCGGGUCGUGGACUAGGAAGGAGAUUAGCACUUAACUUCGGGAGGAGGCAGGCUUUCAUUGUCUGCUGGGACAAAGACGCAGAGAACAACCAGAACACUGUGUGGGAUAUCCGACAAGAGGGAGGUCAGGCCAUAGGUUUCACAUGUGACGUAACGGACAGGAAAGCUGUAAUGGAGACAGCUGUCUUGGUGCAGCAACAGAUCGGUCACGUGACCAUACUGAUCAACAACGCCGGAAUCUGCCUGGUGAAACCAGUUCUAGAAUGCACCCCUGACGAGCUGUACGGUCUGCUGGACACGAACCUCAUGGGGCACUUCUGGACUCUGAAAGCCUUCCUGCCGGCCAUGUUAGAGAGGAACUCAGGACACGUGGUAGCCAUUUCUUCGGCUGCCGCCAUAGCUCCUGUGGCCCACGAGGCGGUAUACUCUGCCUCCAAAGCAGCCGUCUCUGGGUUGAUGGACGGACUGCUCCAGGAGCUAUACCUUCAGAACAGAAAGGUCAAAGUGACUUGCGUGCACCCCUACUUCAUAGCCUGCAUGAAUGACUUGCCACUGAAAUUCGACCUCAGAAUUGGCAAGCUGUCCCCUAACUACGCGGCUACAGAGAUAGUCAAGGCGGUUCUGGAAGAACGCGAAUCCAUCAGCAUUCCGAGAUUCAUGUUGUUUUGGAUAUAUUUCCUGAGAUGUUUGCCACAGAGUGCAAGAAAACGCUGGAGAGAGAUCUUCCAUGCACGAGUAUGGCCGGAACCCGUGAUAACUGAAAAGAGAACCGGCAGUUCCACUGUCCCAGCCCCCAGCAAUACUGUGGACAAUGAGACGGCCUCUCGCGAUAUCGCAAAGAACAAAACCACAGUUUCUUCAUGUGGGGAGAUACAGAACAUGCCAAGUUUAUCGGAAAACUCGACACCGAAUGAUCAUAAUGAUAAGAAUAAACCUAUAAAGGUUUACAACUUGUUAGACCUAGACAGAGGACAGACAGUUACUUCGUCAGUUAACAGAGGACAACUCUUCUCCGAAACAGGAGGAGACUUAUUCAACAAGAACGUGGCCACAAACGAUACGCCGGUUGAAAUCCAGGCGCCAGAAGCAACAUCAAAGCUGUAGAUAAAAUAAGAUAUGAAUAUAAAUUACUUCCUUAAUACUACCAUCCAGUUGAAUCACAUUACGUGUUACUUACCUCCUAAACUCACAAGAAGUUUCAGCACUUACCAGACCAUUGCCAGGGCCCAAUCUUCUUCCUGUCACGGUCUGUGCUGAAUUGUUUAAGAGUUUUCCUUUUUGCAGCACUAAGCUUGCGCCUGCGGUAACUAGACCCAGUUCUCUCUGUCCAGUAGGAAGUCAUGUCUUCAUAAUUGUUUUCGUCGAAUAAAUGAAACUGCCUUGAAAUUCAUCUAAAUAUAUGUGCAGAUUUUCUCUAAUAUACACAUAAGGUCUUGGUUCCAGAAAUGUGUCUGUUGUUUAUUAUGGUAUAAUGCAGCACGGUAUGUUCCAGUUUCAGUAAUUAUAUAUAUUUCAAGUGGGGGAGGGGAGAUCCUAGUCGGAAAAUAGGAAAAAAAGCAAAACAACACCACAGGCAGCCUGAGAAACUACAAACGCAAUAAUUCUGUGUGUGCAAAGUGAGACAAUUUAAUUCCCGGAAUGGCCCUGUGAAAAUAGAAUUUGCUUAUCCCUGCACUAGCGGCUUCUGUUUCCUUGUGAAGCUAUGCAAUUAGCGAGACGGUAGUGCCACUGCCUGAAACCGGUUUGAAAAUCAUUUUCCGGAAUAUCUCGCAGUAACGUUGUCACGUUGCGUUGGAUGUCAGGAAUGUCAGCAAAUCUCCGUCCAUUCAGGGCAUUUUUAAUUCUGGAAAGAGUAAAAAAUUGUAGGGGGCUACUUCAGGUGAAUAAAGUGGAUGGCCCAUUUUUGUAAUAAAUUUCUUAGCCAGUAACUAGAGGACUCUUUACCGCAUCAUGCGCAGGGGCACUGUCAUGGUGGAGAAUCCACUUGUCAGACCUGAGUUCGGGUAUUUUCCUCCGAACAGAUUCCCGUAACCUUGUCAGCACUUCCAAAUAACACUGUUGAUUCACCGUUUGUCCUUGUGCAGUGAAUUCAUAGUGAACUGCCCCCUUGUGAUGGAAGAAA